CUCAGCCAUGGACAGCUACUUGCGCUCUCAGGGACUGUACCACAAGCGGGUGGCGAAGGACGGCUCGUGCCUCUUCCGUGCCGUGGCGGAGCAGGUUUUCCACUCUCAAUCUCAGCAUCUUGACAUUCGGAUGGCCUGUAUAAACUACCUGCGGGAAAACAGAGAACAGUUUGAAGCGUUUAUAGAGGGACCAUUUGAAGAAUAUUUGAAGGGUCUGGAAAAUCCACAGGAAUGGGUUGGACAAGUGGAAAUAAGUGCCCUUUCUCUUAUGUACAAAAAAGAUUUUAUAAUAUAUCAGGAACCAAAUUCCACUCCUUUGCAUGUCACUGAAAAUGGCUUUCCUGACAAGGUACUGCUGUGUUUUUCAAAUGGCAGCCAUUAUGAUAUUGUCUAUCCUAUAAAAUAUACACUUAAUGCUGCUCUUUGUCAGUCUAUUCUCUAUGAAUGGCUGUAUGAGAAAGUGCUUGAUGUCAACAUGAGUCAAAUCAUAGAAGAACUUACCCCUCCAGAUGUGACUAAGGAUGGCAAUGGGGACAGUGAAGCCUCUGUCUCAGAGGAUGAAGGCACAGAAAGUGAAACAGCCACACUAAGUUAUACAAAUGGAUUGAAGCUCCGUGCGGGCAAGAAGCUUCACAAACAUGGAAAAUCCAACCCUAUUACCUUGCCUAAAAAUGUUCUUCGGUCACUCAAUCCAUCAGUUUACCAAAAUAUUGAAUAUGAUGUCUGGCAGCAAACAAAGCGAGAUCAGCAAAAACGGGAUUUUUCUAUUGCUGCUGGCAUGCAAUAUUCAGUUGGAGAUAAAUGUCAAGUCGGUUUAGACCACAAUGGAAGGUUUUACAAUGCUCACAUCCAAGAAGUUCAGUCUGCAAAUGGGCCGGUGGUGGUCUUUGUGGAAGAACUUGGUGCCAAGCAUUCAGUGUUGUUGAAGAACCUUAAUCCACUUCCACAGGGAGCUCCUCUGGAGAGCUGGAGCACUGUGCUGGGAAAGAAAAUAAAAAAAAACUGCUCCAGUGCAGGGCAAAGCAUUCAGACGGAUGCCGACUGCAGAGAGUCAAAGAAUCCAAACAAGCCAGUGAGAACCCCCUUGGCGCUGCCUCCUCGGCUGCAGGGCCCAAGGCAGCAUCACUUGUGCAGUCCCGGGAUACGUUCGGAACAACCCUCUCCUGAGCACAAAAUGCCAGUCCGAAAUCCCUCGCAGGUUGCAAGAAAGGCUGAUCGUGAGAGAACAGAAGAGUUGGACUCCGCAAAUAGGGAUUGUAACUAUUUUGGCCUCUCCAGAGGAAUGCAGAGAGAAACAGGAGAUAAAAGAAAUGCAUUCACUUUAUGUGCUUCAGUUACGGGAUGAAGAAGCCUUUCCUGCACUUUCGAACUCCUCAGUGUCUCAGGUAGCUACUCAGACGACUGAUAAUUCUGGAUGGAGGAAACCCCUAGUUCUUAACGGGAG